AUGCUCCGCUUACUACCCCGUGCCCCAUCCGCCGCAUAUAACCCCAUUGUCCGAACUCUGAACUUGCGCCGCACUAUGGUUCACGACGCUUAUCUAGUACCUAUUGACCCUGCAGCGCCUGCAUCGACGAGCUUGCCUUCGAUUGCCUCGCUGUGGCAAGGGUCCAAGCCAAAAGACAAGGCUGGCGAGACGAGAUUGUUUUACAACGUGGACAACGAUGGCCGAUUGGCCGCUGCUGUCUCGCUCGGGACAGGAUCCAAUUCCAAGACGCCCGAGGCACUCAAGAGAGCUGUCGGAACGGGCAUAAAGAAACUGCGAGAUGCGGGCGCAACUUCCGUCAUCGUGGAUGGAUCUUCCGAUCUACAUGCUGCCGCUGUCGGAGCCCACCUUGCGCUGUUCAAGUACAAUCACCUCAAGACAGCACAGAAGGAUGCCGUUCCUUCGGUCUCCGUUAGCCCGUCAACUGGCGCCACAUCUUCGGGCGAAUUGGGAUGGGAGUCCGGUAUCAUAUAUGCGUACUCGCAAAACCUUGCGCGCGAGUUGAUGGAAACCCCGGCCAACUUGUUGACUCCUACUUUAUUCGCCGAGCGUAUUAAGAAGGAAUUCGAGGGUCUCGAAAAUGUCGAAAUUAAAGUACGGGACAAAGCAUGGGCCGAGGAAAAGGGAAUGCGCACAUUCCUUUCGGUUGCCAAAGGCUCCUCUGAGCCGUGCAAAUUCCUCGAAAUCCACUACAAGGGUGCUUCGGAGCCCAACGCCCAGCCAUUAGUGUUUGUCGGAAAGGGGAUUACUUUCGAUUCUGGAGGAAUUUCGCUCAAGCCUAGUGCAAACAUGAAACUUAUGCGUGGCGACAUGGGUGGAGCAGCUGCCGUAUCUUCCGCCACUCUCGCAAUUGCCAAACUCAAAAUUCCGAUCAACGUGGUCACUCUGGUCGCACUGACGGAAAACAUGCCUGGUCCAGCGGCCAACAAACCAGGCGAUGUUAUCUAUGCGAUAAAUGGCAAAACUGUCGAAGUCGAUAACACUGAUGCUGAAGGCAGGCUUAUCCUUUCUGACACCCUCUGGUACGGAUCGAGCGAGUUUAACCCUCAUACUAUUAUCGAUUGCGCGACUCUCACCGGAGCAAUGGAUGUUGCAUUGGGAACAGUUUAUAGCGGUGUAUUCAGCACGAGUGAUACUCUGUGGAAUGAACUUAAUGCUGCUGGUCUAGCUGAGCAUGAUAGGUUCUGGCGUAUGCCGCUGGACGAAGCGUACGGACCUCAGAUCUAUAGCUCGAACGCAGACUUGUGCAACACUGGUGGAAAGUCGGCUGGCUCGUGUACGGCCGCACUAUUCCUCAAGUCGUUUGUCAAAGGCAUUGCAUCCGAGGACGACCAAGGCGAGGCGGCAGUUCGAUGGGCUCACGUCGAUAUCGCAGGAACGAUGGACACUCCACGGGGAGAUGCCUACCAAGAAAAGGUCCAGUGGUUAAGCAGCAACAGGCCCAGAGGUUUCAUAACCGGGAUCUGGGCCUACCGGUAUAAUGGUCACUUCUUUCGGAACCGCCUACCUAAAUGUGCAAGCAUCUAUGAUGCAGGUCAAAUGCUGGCUGAUAAAAUACCUCGUGAUGAAACAGAGAGAGAGAGAUGGAUCCAGCAGACAAUUAUGUUGAUUGAGAAUGAGUUACUGUGGAGGGCCGAGCACGGGAUCCCUACGUCUGAACAAGUGUUUGCUACCCCAUGUGGGACUGAUGCUGGGUCGCAUUUAUGGAAAAUUCCUAUCGAUAUCUCUCUCGACCAUCUCGUUGAUGAUCGUACUGAGGUUGCGUUUAUGGACAUAAUUCCUGACUACAAGUUAGACUGGAUGUAUCCUACUAGAUAUCGCACCAGACUCACCUACGUAAUCGACUUGGAAGAUCGAGCCUUCACCAUCAACGGCAUCCUUCACUUUCCUUUUCUUAAUAUGCCACAAAGUAUUGCGGAAUGUGUGACCAUGCAUUCUCAAAUUAGGAGGAACGCUUAUUUCAACAUGAAUCUCAGAGGUGCAAUAUCUUAUUCUAUGUCUAUUCGAAGAUGGCCUCGUUCGUUUUGUACGCCUUCUGAAGGGCUCCUCGACUUGUAUGAUCUACUCUCGCCUACGGUUAUGGGCCUGGAACAGUGGCGUACUCGUUCAUGGGAGGAACUAAAUGCGUCCGAGUCACUCUCUGUUCAUCUUGCGGCUACGAUUCUGCGUGACCAAGCGACCCAGAUUCAAAAUCCUGAUUUUUUCCACAACAACGACCGCAGAAUGUUUGCUUACUAUCAAUGGCAGCUGAUCACCGCCGCUGCACCCUUGGCGUUCGAUUUAGCACUUUUGUCGGCUCGUUUCAAGUUCGGUGCUUUCAAUCCACACAUUGACAUUAGCCUAGAUCCAGAAGACCCGGGUAUCUCAAAUUUGUCAUUUCCGGAUAUGGAACGUCUCAAUGUUGUCGGUUGGACACCCCCCCCUCCUAUGUGGUUCCGGGGUUGCUUGAUCAUGCUACGCCUUCGACUUGAUAAUAAUCAGUUCGUAAAGGCCGAAGUCUCUCGCAUGGUACAGGCGUUAAAAGCCAGCCAUCGAGGCAGGAGAACCGGGAUUUUGUUCGAUGGUCGCAACGUGCUAGGAGUUGUGCUUGAUGCUGUGCAAGUAUUUCGUUCCCCGCCACUCCCUGUGUAUGACCACCAAAUGAAAUUGAUGGAUGGGUUUCGACUAUUGCUCCGUCUCCUGAGUCCCUGUCUAAUGACUGAUAAGACCCCGUGGCUCGCUUCUGCCUCUCAACCAGCUCGGUCUUCUCUUCGUCUCCCGGUGGAAAUUAUUAUUCGAAUUGCUCGAUUAGCUGUAGAAAUAACUUCUGAUAGUAGGACUUACGCGGUGCUACCGUAUGUUUCAUCUGCAUUCCGCCAUGUCUUCUUUACAUUUCCUCGAUUCCAAAAUAUUGUUCUCCUUUGGCCAACUCGGGGAGGUGCAUUCUAUGCAUUUGACACCUACAAGCGAGAAAAUUGUUGUAUAUACUUCAACCGGCAUCUGAGAAUCGUUCCCGAAUGGAGUUUUAGAUUCUACCAUCUCCAGCGUGGACUCGCUUCCAAGUUUAUUACGCCGACAGAGUACGCAAAGGCACAAGACUCGAGGAAAGAGGAGCUUGAAAGUGAUCAAUGUCACAAUUUAUGUCCUACAAUGACGCAUAUAUCUCGAAUGAAGCUACGAGUCUUGGACGAGUACGUCCCGUGUUUAGACGAGCCUAUUAUCCCGGAGAAAUCUGCCGUAGCGAUGCAGCUUGUGUUGGGUACUUGGACGCUGGAUCGGAUAAAGGUUUCGAAAGAGGUCGAGGCUUGCAACCUGGGCAGGGACCUCGAGUGCCGCCUCGUGCAAUACCUCACGGGGCACGGACAUUACGGAGAGUACCACGCUCAAUUUCACCAUGACGUCGAUCCCAGCGGGACACAGGGGGAUACUGAGUCUCGAAGCAGUCGCGAAAUUCAUUGCCAGGACGGGCAUAGGUCGAAGACGAGGAGGCCCGCAGGCAGCCGCUCAAACCAUAUAGUAGAUACGCCCCUAAGGCCGCCACCCCAUUCCAGCCCUUACGGCCACUACCCCGAGUUAGGCCUUAAGCCACCUCCGCUUCUGGGACCUACGCAUGUUCCGCAUGAAGAUGCAUCACUACCUCCGCAAAUCGCAGAGAGCUCUGUUCGCCGCCAAAAUGCAGAUGAUGAGGAAUCCAAGGCUUCCACGACGCCCCUUCCCAUGAAGCAAAUUUCCAUUUUGCUGCUGAUGCAAUUAUCCGAACCUCUUUCAUACACAGUCAUCUAUCCAUUUGUCGCUCAGUUUGUAAAUGAAACGGGAAUAACAGGCGGAGAUGGGAGUAAAGUCGGCUACUAUGCGGGCAUGAUUGAGUCGAUAUUCUUCAUGACAGAGAGCUUGUUCACGCUACAGUAUGGCCGGGUGUCAGACCGGAUAGGUCGGCGCCCAGUGCUCAUGUUCGGGCUAUUCGGGCAGGCACUAUCGAUCUUUUGUGUUGGGUUAUCGAAGCAGUUCUGGCAGUUAGUGUUCUCUAGGGCCAUGUCUGGUGCUUUAAAUGGAAACGCUGGGGUUGCAAAAGGUAUGGUAGUGGAACUAACAGACGAGACAAACCAGGCUCAGGCAUUCGCUUUUCUUCCCAUCGUCUGGUCGACUGGCUCGACGCUGGGUCCUUUCCUCGGCGGAACAUUGAGCCACCCCGCCAAGCUUCUUCCAAGCGUGUUUGAUACACCCUUCUGGAACAAAUACCCAUAUUUUCUGCCCUGUCUUAUCUCGGCGAUUUACUCGGCCUGUAUCUUUGUUGCAGGAGCAAUGUUUUUGAAAGAGGCGACCAAACAAAAUGAAAAUCAUACUACCGAAUACGGCACUGUCCCCACCCAUCCACCACAGCCAAGACGCUCCGUGUCAGUUCGAUCGGUUCUGACAAAGCGCGCACGUGCCGCCAUCGCGAACUAUGCCUUUUUGGCAUUUAGCGAUAUUACCUAUCUUGGUUUACUGCCUAUUGUGUUCGCUGUUUCUGUAGAAAAUGGUGGACUUGGGUUCACUCCCCGUGCAAUCGGUCUCAUUCUCGGUCUCCAAGGGAUCAUCACGGGCCUUGUCCAGGUUUUCUUCUUCGCGGCCAUCCAUCGACGUCUGGGUAGCAAGAAGCUCUAUGUGACAGGAUACUUGUGCUACUCCUUGCUGCUUCUUUCGCUGCCUAUUAUGCACGCGCUUGCAGUGAUGGAGAUGAAACGUACGAUUUGGGUUGUUCUCGGUUUACAUAUCGCGCUCUCGUGUCCUGCGUUUAUGGCAUUCAGUUGCGUAGCUAUCUAUGUUAAUAGCUCUGCACCGUCCAAGGACUCGCUGGGAACCUUGAACGGAAUAUCUCAGACUAUCAUCAGCGUUAUUCGAGCUAUCGGACCUGCAGCCGCAACCAGCUUGUUCUCUCUAUCGAUCGAGAAGAACAUACUUGGUGGGAAUUUCGUGUAUGCGGUACUCUUAGGCAUAAGUUUAAUAGGUGUCUAUGCGAGUCGAUGGCUGAAGGAGGUAAAGAGGGCAUACGAGUCAACUCGGUAG